UUUAAUUAUUGAGUCUUUUUGAUUUGUUUCGUUAUUUUCUUGAAAGCUGAGUUACCAGUUAGUGCUAAGAGACGGAAGGAAGCUUCAAAUCUUUGCUUCUUGAACACUGAGGAGAGAAUACAAGCAGCAAUGGCUCAACACGGAAAAUGGGUUGAAAAAACCAAUUCCAGAGGAUAUACGUUUCAGCAGUGUGAUGGAAAGCAUGUAAGUUUGACUGAGCUGAAAGAGAAGUUCCCUGAAAACUGCUACCUGAGGAAGGAAAACAUUCCCUGUUAUCCCACAUAUGUCUUCAAUGUGAAAAAAGUCUGCCAUGUAACUGAGAGGCCGGGUCUUGACGGGAUCUUAAGUGACAGAGGAUUCAAAGGGAAAGAUGACUUCCUCUGGUGGGGCCUUUCAGUGACUGAUGAUGACAUUGUCAAUGCUGAGAAAAGAAUCCAGCUGCCUAUCUCUGAUAAAUUUACCACUUCACCUGCAUUCCUACGUGAAUCCCGUUAUGGCAACUUCUGCUUCAGCUUUAAUUUAAAUGAGCUUCUAAACCUAUACAGCAAGCAAUUUUGCCGGAGAACGUCUCCGAUUCUGCGUGUAUUAGGCACCCACCUCUACAGGCAGGAGAUCGCCUAUUUAGUUUUGGUGCAUCCACGACAUAUAAGGCGUUAUAGGAAAUAUCCUCGUCUACCCAUUGAUGAGGAAUUUUUGUGUGGGUACAGUCAAAAGAAAAUAUCCUGGCACUGCCAGUCUCCUUCAAAUGAAUAUAACCGCCAUGAGGAGGAGAAGGAGAAAGAUGACAGAUCUCACGGAAGGCCAGAAUAUUUUGUAUGGGAUAAUGUAUCCGUGGCCUUCCAUAUGAAUCCACAUUGGGUACUGCGUGUAGGUCAUAAACGGCUAUUUAAAAGCUUGAGUGUGUGUGAGGUAGCUUCAAGGAACCUCUUAAAAGAUCAGGAAAUGUCUGUCCACGACGCUGAGAAAAUAGUAAAGUAUUACAAGGAUAAAUAUAAUUGAUUAGAGGUGGUUGAUCUUACUUCCAUGCU